AUGGUUUCUCGUACUCGUGGCGCGCACGUUCUGGUUUGGGAGCAGCCUGGUUUGGAAGAUCAGCACCCUAGGAGUUACACCGGUGGCCUGGGCACUCGCCAUUGGGUGACUUUCAUGUUGUUCCUGGGUAUGGCAAACGCGUACAUCAUGAGAACCAACAUGUCGGUUGCCAUUGUCGCCAUGGUGAACCACACAGCGCUACCAGUGGUCGCCGAGGCGACAGACAACGAGUGUGGGGACACAGAGACUAACACGACCAAUCAUGCUUCGCAAGACGGAAAAUUCGUUUGGUCAACGCCGAUGCAAGGAUAUAUCUUGUCUUCAUUUUUCUACGGAUACGUCAUCACCCAAAUACCUUUUGGUAUUUUAUCAAAAAGGUACGGUGCCCGGCUGUUCCUGGGUGUCGGUAUGUUGAUCAACUCUGUCUUCGGUCUGUUAGUGCCUGUUGCUGCUGAGGCUGGAUACGGUUACCUGAUUCUCGUUCGGUUCAUCCAAGGUUUGGGCGAGGGGCCUAUUGUACCAUGCACACACGCUAUGUUGGCGAAAUGGAUUCCACCAAAUGAAAGAAGUAGAAUGGGUGCUGCCGUAUAUGCUGGUGCACAAUUCGGCACGGUGAUAUCUAUGCCCCUGUCGGGUCUCUUGUCGGCAUACGGCUUCGCCGACGGUUGGCCUUCAAUCUUCUACGUAUUUGGUUUAGUUGGUACCGUGUGGUGCCUAGGCUUCCUGUUCUUCGUGUCAGAGGACCCUGAACAGUGCCCGCGCAUCAAGGAGGCGGAGAAGAAGUACAUAUUAAGUUCUUUGUGGGGAACUGCUGGUUCCAGCUCACCUCCGAUUCCGUGGAGCAAAAUCCUGAUGUCCAUGCCAUUUUGGGCCAUCAUGUUGGCUCACAUGGGUCAGAACUACGGUUACGAGACACUGAUGACAGAACUGCCCACGUUCAUGAGACAAGUUCUGCAUUUCUCUAUCAAAGAUAAUGGCUUCUUGUCUGCCCUCCCGUACCUCUGCAUGUGGCUGUUCUCAAUGUUCAUCUCCGUGGUAGCCGACUGGAUGUUGUCCAGCGGUCGCUUCAAUCACACACAAGUCAGGAAGAUCAUCAACAGCAUGGGUCAAUACGGCCCAGCUAUCGGUCUGUUCAUCGCGGCUAAUACUGGAUGCAAUCCCGCUGCUACCGUCGCCAUACUAUCUGUUGGCGUGGGUCUCAAUGGUGGUAUCUACUCCGGUUUCAAGGUAAACCACUUGGACAUCUCACCACGUUUCGCCGGCAUCCUGAUGGCGUUUACCAAUUGUCUUGCAAACUUGACCGGUCUACUUGCUCCAAUCGUAGCUGGUUACAUCAUUGAAGGCAGGCCCACACAAGUGCAAUGGAGAAAAGUGUUUUAUAUCGCCGCUGGUGUGUACAUAUUCUGCGCCACAUUCUACAACGUCUUCGCUUCCGGCCGGAGAUUAGAGUGGGACAACCCUGCCGAUGAUGAGGCUAAUGCAAAGAAAGCCGCAGCAAAGAAAUCUGAAAAACUAGAGAAAAAAGCCGCCAAGAAUCAAAGUUUACAGGAAACCGCGCAGUAA